AUGCCACCCAGGACUCGAUCAGAGAGUCUUAAUACUCCGUCGGCAUCUCAAGUAGCUGCUAUAUGGGUUGAGGAUGAUGAAAAUGUAAAUAUUCGCGUUCGUGAUAUUACUAUAUAUGGUCAUUUUGGUGAUUUGCAUAGGGCUCAUUAUUAUUAUGGUUGUUAUGAUCCUCUACAAUAUCAUUUGCUCUUUCCAUUUGGUGAAUGUGGUUGGCAUGAAGGCAUUCUAAGAUACGAACAAAUAUCUUCUCAAGUUGCACAAUUUGUGGACAAUGUUGCUGAUCCUAAUGUAAUAAAUUCUGCGGCUCAAAUUAUUGAAAAAGAGGCUGCAUUGCUGAAGGAUACAAAGAAGAAACGGUCUCAGGUAUCAUGUCGUGAAUACUAUUCGUAUAAGGUACAAAUUAGGCCUUCUGAUAAGUUUGUGUUGUUUCACUCUGAUAGACUUUUUCAACAAUAUGUUGUGAAUAUAGGUCCAACAUCGUUUGAUGAUUUAAGGACUUUCAAUGGGGUAAAUGUUGGUAUAUUUCGUGAAGCUGCACUUCUCUAUGGUUUAUUAAAUGAAGAUACUCAUUGUAAAGAAUGUUUAUCUGAAACUAUUAUUUACGAAAUGCCUUAUUCUUUAAGACGUCUUUUUGCUACGCUUCUUACAAUGUGUAAUCCAAAUAAUCCUAAGUUACUAUGGGAUAAAUUUAAGCAUUAUAUGACAGAUGAUUAUGUAAAUGAAAAUAUGCCCGCUAAAGUUCUCGAAGUACGAGCUUUAGAGGAUAUAAGUUCUAUUUUAGAAUCACUUGGUAAAAAUAUAAAUGAUUAUGGAAUUGCGUCAUUUAACGUCAAUAUAGACGACGAUGAAAGAUUGAUGAGAAUGGUUGCAGAGGAAACAACGAAAUUGGAUAUUGAAAGAAACUUUAGUUGUGCAGCGACGUUAAAUAAAAAACAACAAUUUGCAUUUAAUACAAUUAUGGAAAAAGUACAUGAUGAAUCAAGUGAAUUUUUUUUUAUCGAUGGUCUGGAUGGUACAGGAAAGACUUUUUUAUAUAGAGCACUCUUGGUUGGUGUCAGAUGUCAACAUUUCAUAGCUUUAGCAACUGCAUCGUCCAAAGUGGCUGCAUCUUUAUUGCCCGGAGGUCGAACUGCUCAUUCAAGAUUUAAAAUCCCUCUAGAAACGGUAGGUGAAGUCAACUGCUAUAUUAGCGAGCAAUCGGCAUUAGGAACUUUAUUGAAAAUGUGUAGGCUAAUAAUUUGGGAUGAGGCACCUAUGGUAAAUCGUUGUGCUGUAGAAUCUGUAGACAAAAUGUUUAGAGACAUCACUGAUUGUAACUUGCCUUUUGGCGGAAAAGUAAUAGUUUUAGGAGGAGAUUUUAGACAGAUUUUACCAGUUGUACCUAAAGGAAACAAAGAAGACAUAAUAAAGGCUAGCAUGAUUUACUCGUAUUUGUGGCCUUCUUUUGUACAUUUAGCACUGGUUGAAAAUAUAAGAGCGAAGUCCGAUCCCAUUUUUUGUGAGUACUUACUUCGAAUUGGAGGUGGAACAGAACAAGAACAUACUUGCAACUGUAUUAAGCUACCAAAUAGUAUAGUUCUACCAUUCGAAGAUGAUAUUACGUCUUUAAAAAAAUUGAUACAAUGUGUGUUUUCCAAUAUAGACACAUAUGCCGAUCAUUUAUAUACGAUGGUCAAUCGUGUUAUUCUUACGCCUACAAAUGAAUGUGUUGACUACAUUAAUGGACUUUUGUUUGAACAAAUUCCUGGUCAAAGUUUCAUGUAUUAUAGUUUUGAUGAAGCAAUUGAGAAAUUAGAACAAAGCAUAUAG